CCCCCGCCCCUUGCGUUGACCCUGGCUCGUGCAUUGGGGCCGUCGGAGCGGCAAGGCGCCGCGAGCUCCCCUCUCGGCGCCCCGCGGCUCCCUCCGGCCCCCCGGGGGGGGACGCCGCUCUCCCUGCGCCUGCUCCGCCAGAGGGAGCCGGGAGGCACAAAAGAGAGGAGGAACGGCCGGCCUGGCCGAGCGCCUCCUCGGAUCGGCAGAGGAGCAGAGGGUGCGGAAGAGGGAGGCGUCCUCUGGGGGCCCUGAGACUAACGGACUCACAGGGCUCGCGCACCGACGCAACACGAGCAGCUGCUGGCCCCGGGGGGCGGCACGGCGGGGGGGGGCGCCUCUCGGCCGGGGCCUUCCUGCGCGGGAGGGCCCGGGCGCUACUGAGAGGGCCUGAAGAGUGCCCUCGAUAACUUGAGAUGGAUCGAGCCCCAGGCCACGCUGAGCUGGCCAGCGAGCCCAGCGCGCUCCGGUGAUGGGAAGGCCGCGCGCAGUGCAUCGUCUUAUCGAACAUCACAUACCCCCUCCUGGCUUUCCAGGACGUCUCUCGAGGGUGCGUCUCGGCAUCACCGCCGUGCAGGUCGCCAGGCUCUGGCUGCCCGUGUUCCAACAAUAAGGGCACGAGCCCGUGCAAUCGACUAUGAUCGGAGAGGGCACGCGGGAGGACACGAGACUCUGCCGAGGACGCAGCCCACAGCCCUUGCCCGAAUAAUGACGAGGGCUCUUGGGCGAGGCAGGAUGGGCUGGAAUGAGGAGCAAGAUAUCUCUCUAGAGGUGCAGACGACAGACGCAGUGAAGACUGACUUCAUGCAGAGUUCCAUGGCGUUCAAAUUGAAGCACGGCCAGUCAUUCACAUCGAGCCUGCACUCUGGAUCUCCUGGAACACAGGCUAGACUCGGCGCUUUCGCCGAGUUUCGCCGAGCGUUCAGCGUGCCGCCCCCCACGAACUAUGCCUCGAGCAUCUCACUAAAGGGAAGGUAUUCAUUCCCAAUGGGGCUCGUCAAGAGUGCCUCCCUCGUGACGUCUGGCGCCACAAGAGGAGUAUACUCAUAUGGUGCAUAAUCAUAAUUACCGUCACCUUCGGCGACAGCCCAACGCGACCUAGUCAAGCCAGGGGCACACGCGCCGGAUCGAACGGCUGCGUUGCUGUGUACCAUAUGCAAAUCUGAGAGGUCCACCCUCA